AAAUGUUUUGGUCUAAGAGACCCGAAACUUUCAAUACUCCUCGUCAGAUUGUAGGGAAUUUUAAAUGCGAGAGGACUUUAUAAGAGUUAGAGGAAUUUCCAUCGAAUUUCAUUAAAACAUCAAGGUAAGUAAUAUUGUGAAGUGUAGAUAUAAUGUGGUAACUUUUCUACCGAAAUCGUUACUCCUACAGUUUACUCGAUACGCAAACAUUUACUUUUUAUGCAUAGCAAUAAUUUAGUGCAUUCCAGUGCUCUCAACGCUCAACCCUUUCAGUGCGAUAGCUCCUUUGGUAUUUGUGCUGGGAUUGUCAAUGGCUCGUGAAGGUAAAUAAAAUGACAUAAAUUGUUAGGUUGGGAAGACUAUGGACGACACGUUUCGGACAAUGAAGUAAACUCAACGGAAUGCAUAAUUCUAAAAACAAGAGUGCCAACAAUGUAAUGAAAUAACACAAUAGAUAGUUCAACAUGGGCAGAGUUGUCGGUGGGAGAUUAUGUGUUGGUCAAGAAGGACGAGAGUUUUCCUGCAGAUCUCAUAGUGCUUUCGAGUUCAAUUUAAAGUGGGGCUUGCUACAUCGAGACAUCUUCAUUGGAUGGUGAGAAAAAUUUAAAACCAAAGAGUGCUAUUUUAGAGAGUCAGGAGCUCUAUAAAGAAAUUGAAACUUAUUGCGAAGAUGCGAUACGCGUUGAAGCAUAGGUUCCCACUUAAAAUCUGUAUGAAUUGGAUGCUUCUUUGUUUUUGCCAAUUGGUAAUGGUUAGUAGAAAAAGUUUUAGUUAACAGCUAAGUAGUUAUUGUUAAGAGGUGCAUUCCUCAGAAAUACUGAAUGGAUUAUAGGGUUGGUUGUUUAUACAGGAUAGGAUACUAAAAUCAUGAGGAAUGCUGAUGCCUCAAGAGUAAAGUCGAGUGAAAUCGAAAGAAUUAUGAACAUUCUUAUUUUGGGAAUUCUGGUGGUACAAAUCACUUUGUCGAUCAUCACAGCUUCCUUUUCAUCGGCUUGGCUCCAUAAUUAUGGGGGUGAUAGUUGGUAUUUGGAAUACACUGACUUUUAACCGAACUUGCUCAGUUUUUAUGCGUUUUUCAGUUAUAUUUUAUUAUAUAAUACAAUGAUUCCUAUAUCAUUGAUAGUUAGUUUGGAAUUCGUUAAAGUGUUCCAAGCUUACUUUAUUGAAUAAGACGAGGAGAUGUAUGUAGCUCAAAGGAACAAAUUCGCUAAAGUGUAAACUACAACCAUUAAUGAAGAGUUAGGACAAGUGGAAUAUAUCUUCUCUGACAAAACUGGCACUUUGACCUGCAAUCAAAUGGAAUUCAAGUAUUGUAUUAUUGGAAACGUACUCUACGGCAAGGAACAAUCAAACACAAACAAUCCAGUAUAUAAUGUAGAUCUAAAAAGACAGCAAACCACUAAAGUACAUCCUGAAAGUGAGGUGUUCCAGCAUUCAGUCUUCAAUUUCCAAGAUGCUGAAUUAAGUGCCAUUCUCAAAGGCGAAGGAUCCACAGGUGAUAUGCCAAUCAAUCUUAAUAUUGCAUCCUAAGAUGGUAAACAAAAAGUAACUCUCUCUAAACAGCGAAACUUAAUUGAAGAAUACUUUUUCUUGCUUUCUUCAGCUCACGAAUGCAUCAUUCAAUAUGAUAAGAAUCAGAAUGCUUCCUAUUAGGGUCCAUCUCCAGACGAGAUCACUCUAGUAGAUGCAGCAGCCAGAUUAGGAUUUCAAUUUACUGGAGCAUCUGCAAGUGAGUAGAAUUUCAAGAUCUUGGGCAAAGAAAAAAAGGUGAAGUUGCUCAAAUCAUUUGAAUUUGAUUCCAAUCGUAAGAGAAUGAGUGUAAUAAUUAACGAUAACGGAGUCAUCAAAUUAUAUAUCAAAGGAGCAGAUAAUAUCAUAAAAGAUAGACUAUUACCUGAUCAGCUAUUUCUAAAUGAGAUUAUUAAUUAUUUAGAUGACUUCAGCAAAAUUGGAUUAAGAUGCUUACUCAUGGCUACAAGAGUGUUAUCUCAUGAAGAAUAUCAAGAAUUUGAUCAUGCUUAUAAUAAUUUACCAGACAAUGAAACCAGAGCAAGUGAAUUAGGUAUUUUUUUUGUUAAUUAAAAAUAGAAAAACUAACUAGCAAUUUAGAAAGACAACUAACUUUAUUGGGUGCUUCUGCUGUUGAAGAUAAACUAUAGCCUUUAGUUCCAGAGACUAUUGCUGACUUGUUAAAGGCAAACAUAAAAGUGUGGAUGUUGACUGGAGAUAAAUUAGAGACUGCAGAGAAUAUUGCCAAGAGUUGUAGGUUGAUUCAAGGUGAUUUUACAGUGAUGAGAUUGGCAGUGCCUUCAGUUGAGGAAUGUAAAAAGAAAUUAGGAGAUAUCUAAGACACAUAUGAUCUAUGUAUAAAGGAGAAUAGAAAAAAAGUAUUUAAACUUAGUAUUGUAGUCAAUAGUAGUUGAAGGAUCGUCCUUGCAGUUUGUAAUAGACAAUGAAGAUUUAGCCUAGGCAUUUGUUAGUAUGGCAAAAGAUUGUGAAAGUAUUGUUUGUUGCAGAGUAACUCCUAAACAGAAAGCUGAUGUUGUCAGAUUGAUUAAAGACAGAUUGAACAAGAUCACUUUGGCUAUUGGAGAUGGAGCCAAUGAUGUCAAUAUGAUUUAGGCAGCUCAUAUUGGAGUUGGACUCUAUGGAAAUGAGGGAAUGAGAGCAGUUUAAAGUAGCGAUUUUGCUUUGGGAGAAUUUAGAUGUUUAUGGAGAUUAUUAUUAGUACAUGGACAUUGGAAUUACAUUAGAAUUGCAGAGAUGGUGUUGUAUUUCUUUUACAAAAACAUGAUAUUCACUGUGCCCCAAUUCUUCUUUUCAUAUUUCUGUGCCUUUUCAGGAUAGUCUUACUUUGAUGAUUGGUAUAUCACUUUCUAUAAUCUUAUCUUUACAGCAUUACCACUUAUAAUGAGGGGCACAUUUGAUUAGGACAUCAAUUAUAGAUAAUAUUGUUAGUAUGACUAGAAGGAGGAAGUGGCUAAUGUGCAGAGGAAACAAGAAUAAUAUUUAAGACUCAAAUUUCCAAGUCUCUAUUAUGUCGGAUAAAACAAAACUAUCUUCACUAUUCCCAAUUACAUGCUUUGGGCUUUCAACGGUUUAGUUCAUGGGAUGAUCAUUUUUUUCUUUGUACUUUGGAUUACUGAUUAUGAGAUCGUACAAAAUACUGGAGAAUCAAGCAGUUUGGCACCAUUCUCAUUGACAGUCUAUUCUUGCAUCAUCUUGGUAUACUCUAGUUAUCAUUUUAGAUUGCUGACCUCAAAAUAGCCAUCCAUACUAAAUUCUGGACCUGGUUCAAUUUUAUUAGCAUCACCUUUCUGUCCAUUCUGCUCUACAUCAUUUAUGUGAUCAUUUCUAAUUUCUGGCCUGGAACCAUGAUGGAAUACACGCCAUUCACUAUGGUGGGCACACCUCACUUCUGGUUGAGCAUAAUACUUAUAGGUGCUAUAAUAGGGGGAUUGGAAGCCAUCCAGGCAGAAAUCAUAAGGGAAUUUUUUACUGAUCCAGCCACAGAGAUAUUGAACAAGGUUAAGGUGUUUGAACACAAUCUCAAUAAGUGGGUAGAAAAUUAGGAAAAGAUUGCAAGACAAGAUUCAUUUUGGGCUGGAAUCUAUAAAUAAAAGGAAGCUGUUGACGAAUAGGAACUAGUGAGAUUUAGUGGAUCAUAACAAUGAAUAAUACAUUUUAUAUAUUUAAUUCAAACAUGCAGC